UGCAGGUCCCAGAGCUGCUGGUCGCCCCCAUGUCUCCGGAGACGGAGCCGCCUGCCAGGGAUCUCCCCGUGCCCUUGGCUGAGUCCCUGCAGCUGCCCGAGGCCCCGUGGGGUGGCCAUGGGCCCGAGGCUGGCUCUCUGGGGCCGGGGGCCUUGUUCUCGGCGGCUGGCCUGGUAGAGCAGGCUGAGCUCUGGCGGGCGGAGGAGGAGGCCGUGGACUCAGAGCUGGAGCAGCUUUAUCUCUCCCACCUCAGCCGGCUGCGGGCGGAGGAGCUGGGGGGCGCCGGGGAGCGGCCAGGGGGCAUGGAGGCGUCUGGCUUCCCCCCGGCCUGGCUGCCCGCCCUGCGCCUGAGCGUGCUGAGCGACCGGGACCUGGUGGUUGGCUGGGCCGGGCCGGAGCGGGCUCUGAACAGCUCCCUGGCCCAGGAAAUAACCCUGCGCUAUGCCAGCCCGCCCGCUGGCCCGGGGCGCGACAGUCCCCCAGCGCUGCUGGAGGGGGGGGUCCGGGAAGCCGACCCGGGCGGGGCCUUGCGGCUGCUGGCGCCAGCCGCCGUGGUGGUGCCAGGACGAACAGCAGCCCUGGCAUGGCAGGGCCAGGGAGGGCCCAGGGGCCUGGGAUCGGGCCCACAGCGGCCAGGGGAGCCCCGGGAGGAGGCGCCCGGCUGCCCCACGCGCCUGGGGCAGGCCCUGACCCGUUCCCUGCUGGUUCUCAGCCUCGUGGCCAUCCUGCCUGUGGUCCUCAGCGGCUGCCUGCCGGCCGCGGCCAUCACCCUGUACGUGGUUCUCACGUGGCGCCAGGCGAGCUAG